AAUUCUUUUAUUUAACUUAGACUAUUAGACGUGUAUCUGAUUUUCCUCUAACAUUUUAAUUUGCAAAUUGCAAUGUAUUUUUCAAAAAUUACAGUAUUUCUGAAAAAGUUUCCGUAUUUAUUUGCCACGUGUGCAUAAUUUAUUAAUGAUUUGCAAUAAGUUUUAUUUUCACAUUAUCUUAUCUGUGUAACUGAGUUGUUGAAUUCUAAACACAGUUUAUUUAAUGCUCUUCUGCGUUCACUUUGUGGAAAGUGUGCAUUGUCAUAUUUAUAACAUUUGUCUAGUGUGUGUUUAAAAGUUCAUUGAAAGUAAUAACAGACAAUGAAGAAUUUAAAUCGUUCCUUGACUUUAAUCCUGAUAAGUGCUGGAAUUAUUGUUUCCGCAUUAAGAUUCAUAGAACCACUCGAUGGAAUUAUAAGAUCAAAAUACGGUGUUGGUUUGGGAGACCUAAAACCAAAAUGCGAUAGUAAGGGACCUAGUUUACAUAAUGAAUUAGUUGACCUACAAUCCCAAGAAUCAGAGAUCAGAUCUCAAUUAACAGGUGCUUUAAUUGCUAAAAACAAAGCAGAAGGACGUUUAACAGAUCCUGAAUUUAAACAAUGGAUGCAAGACAAUUGUUUAUCAAACGCGACUCUGAUUACCAUUUCCCAAGUAGCAAUAGACAAGGCGCAACUUUGUGUCGAUCCUAAUCAACGUUUACAAGGAGCAGAAGUAGAUAAAGCAAAAGAAGAGCUUCUCCAAAGAUUAUGUGGCGCUGUAUCACUAUCGGCAAAAUGGGUCAUCAUGAACAAUUUGUGAUUCGAAAAAGAAGUUCUAAAUCUUUUCUUCUGAACCAAUUUUAAAUUAGAAACAUUAACACCGAAACUAUAUUUCAAGAUAAAAUUUAGAUUUCUAAAAAUAUCUGUUUAAAUUACUGUACGACGUCAAAAAAUAAAUUUGUAAAAUAAAUUUGUAUACUUAACGAAUCAAA